GUGUCGCCGCGGCGUUUCGCGCGCGCCUCGUCUCCGCGAAAACAGACCUAUGAAUGGUAACUCGGCGAUAAACACGGUAUCGGCUGAUAAUGCGUUGCGACGACAGGGUUACCAGUACGACCGAAUAAACACGAAGCGAAACUCGCGGUUAAAUACAACGCGCAUCGGGAGCGGCCAGGAGGUGCAACGAACUUUCGAAAAAUUUCGUUCGACCGCGUGGUUAUUUUUCGAAAAAUCUACGCGCUAUGUUUCUAGCCUAGACUAACCCGUGGAUGAAAGAAAUUGCGGGAAAGGAAUCGGUGUUGGACUUUGCGCCACGUUACGAAAGGUGAACGCGGUCCCGUAGUGCACCGAGGCAGCAGUGAAAUGGACAGUGAAGAAAAACGUGGACGAACGAGUUACGGAUAGCAUCGAUUUCAUUAACGCUUCUGAAUGCGGUUCUCUAGCCUUUGCGUCGGUGUUGUUACACGGUGAACGUGUGCGGAUCUGAAUCCUCUGGACCAUAAGAUCGACGCGUCACAGAGAUUGCCAACGAUCGAUGAACUCUUACUUACUGGGAUUACUGACAUUUCCUCGUCCAUACGUGUUCAUAGUUUUUAAACAGAUGCGAACUGGGAUUUAAACGAAGCUGAGAUAGACUCUGCCAAAGGGUACAAAGGGACUCCGCGAAGAAACAAAUGGAUGAGCGAACCAUCAGGUAAACCGUUAUUGCUUGUGACUGGAAGGAACCGGAAAGACGAGGACAUGCAACCGAGUGUUUUCUGUUAGGACAAAGGAUAACCCACUUUUGAGGAGGAGCUCGCACGUGCAAGUGGGUCGUAUGUACCAUGGUACUCUGCUUAAACCACGAUACUUAAGAAACACGAUCGAUAUCGAAUGAUUAUUUAAAAAAAAAAAAAAGAAAAAAAACACACUCAUGUUCGCUCAAUUUCUGUAUGCAUUUUUGUGUCGAUUUCAAUUAGCCAGAUACAAUUGUCUGGCUUGAAGAUAAAUUAAGAUAUAUUAGAGAUUCUAUUGAUCUACGUAUAGACUGGAUCGAUCGAGGUUUGUUAAUUAUCUCGAAUCGAUGAACUGAACUCUACGAAGGAUCGUGGAACAAAUGAAGAGCAAGUGUACGUGCAAAUAUUUGCGAAAACGGACGAGACGCCGGAAACAUGUUGUUCGUUUAGUAUCAAGAAUUUUCGGGUAGAAUCUCGGGAAAAGGUGAACGUUGGGUGACAUACGUGUAUGUGCCGCUCUGUGUAUGCAGGGAUCUAGAUUCGUGUGGGUGCAGCCAGUGCAUAAACGCUGACGUAACGCGACCAACCUCCCCUUGACACCUGAUCGACGAUAUACCUCGUCGUCGACACGUCGGUGACCCUACUAAUACCGUGCCGACGGUAUCGUCGCCAGAAUUUCGGGAAGACUCUGGCUGUGCAACCGAUUUUCGUAUUUUGGAUGUCUUAACCGGAAAAAGAUGAAUUAUGACCCUUACGAGCAGCCCGUGUGAGCUAGACAACAUGAGCUUGUUUCAAGACCUCAAGUUGAAAAGGAGAAAGGUCGACUCCCGAUGUAGUAGCGACGACUCCCCGGUAUCCCUCGGAUCAGCAGGCUCGCCGCUCGGGAUCCAGCCGGCGGACGCUCCUUCACCCAUAAACUUUCCUGCUCCAGGGGAGAGCAUGGCUGACACCUCGACCCUGUCGCCGGAGGCUAACAUGCCGGGCUCGCCGGGCUGCCCCGUGGUCAAAGUGAAAAGCGAGUAUCUGCUAGGCAUCCCGAGUCCAGGGACACCGCGAGAUCCUCUUCGCGGAAGUGGCAUGGCAAGUGGCAUGGAAGCUCGCGACACAGCCUGCUCGGACCGUGCGUCGCCCGAUUCAGUCUUCCCGGAUGCCGGUUCGAUGGCGGGCUUCAGAGUCGUCGAAGAACAACAACAGCAACAGCACCAUCAGCACCAACAGCAGCAGCACCAACAACAACAACAGCAGCAGCAACAGCAGCAACAACAACAUCAACAACAACGUGCUGGUACACCAGUACCAACCAGACUCUCGCCUUACUCGCCCAUGCAAGCGGUCUCCACCACUCCCAUGCCCCAGGAACCAACCUCGAGGAGCGACACUCCCGAUAAGGGUGACUUAUCGUCGGCCCAAACUAAGGAGGAGUCGGAUAACUCGGUUUUCGACGGAGGAGGCGGAGGCGGUAAUGGCGGUGGCGGUCGUUCAGAGACCUCCAGUCAACCUAGUCACCGGAGCAGUCCAUCUUCCCAGUACAGUCCUAGCCAGAGUAUGAGCCCUAGUGCCAGCACGACACACGGUUCCCAACAACAACAACAACCGCAAACUCCCCCAACACCACCGAGACCGCGGGUACCCUCGGUACCCCCUCAUCUUCUGGCUCACCAUCAAUUUUGGUCGCAAAACAACGGUGUACAAGGAUUCGCUACGCAGAGGCUAUUGAACGGGGUGAUCAACAGUACGGUAACCUAUGGACAGAACGUGGCUGUCGCAUCCACCAGCAGCAGCAGCAGCACGAGUCUGAGCACCAGCACGGGCAGCGGCGGAGCUACUUCCACGAGCACCGGCUCGAGUAGUACUGCCUCAUCCUGCGAAACGAUGAAACCACCGGCGCAGAGGCCCGCGCCGGCACCCCCGCGACCACCUCCCACAGUGAUCAUGGGCGAAAUCGGUGGCGUCAGGACGAUGAUAUGGUCCGCGCCACCUUUGGAUCCCGUACCACCGCCGGCGGCUUCGUGGACCACCACGGCCGCGGCAGCAUCCUGUUCCUCGUCCGAGGAAUCGGCUGCUCAGCUGUUGCUGAACCUUGGACAAGAGUCCAGGGGCAAACCAUCCUCUGUUUCCUACCCGUCUGGCCCGCCGCUCAACAUGGAGAGGCUAUGGGCCAGCGACCUGACGCAACUACCGGCCGCCCAACAGAUGCAGGCGCUCAACCUGACCGCUUCCGGUUCCGGUCAACCGUGGACGAGAAACGGAGGAGUGGUCAAGUCCGAGUCGACGUCACAGUCGAUAUCGGUCGCACCCCCUGCACCACCUAUGCCACCUCAAGAACACGAGGAGGACGAGACGCCUAUGAUAUGCAUGAUCUGCGAGGACAAAGCUACCGGUUUGCACUAUGGCAUCAUCACGUGCGAAGGGUGUAAAGGGUUCUUCAAGAGGACCGUGCAAAAUAGGCGGGUGUACACCUGUGUAGCGGAAGGUGGCUGCGAGAUCACGAAAGCCCAAAGGAACAGGUGUCAGUACUGUCGCUUCAAAAAGUGCAUUGAACAGGGUAUGGUCCUUCAGGCAGUUCGGGAAGAUCGGAUGCCUGGGGGAAGAAAUUCUGGUGCUGUGUAUAACCUUUACAAGGUGAAGUACAAAAAGCACAAGAAGAGUAACAAAGCGAGCGGAGUUGGUGGAAACAUGGGUGGCAUGAGUAGCGGCGGUAACGUUGGCGGUGUUAACGGGUCGGGAUCCCUUGGUGGUAAUAAAAACACCAUGGGCUCGACGAUGCUUGACAAGCACAUGGCUGUAGCUGCAGUUGCUCACCAUAGCCAACAGCAGCAUGCUCAGCUAGCCGGUGGUUUUCUCCACCAUCACAAAAUUUCGUCGGGCGACCCGCUUAACUCGCAAUCUACCACCAGUCACUCGAGUCACCCAGCUCAUUCGGGUCAUCUUGUUAACGGGACGAUCCUGAAGACAGCGCUUACCAACCCCUCCGAAGUGGUACAUUUAAGACAGAGGCUAGACAACACUGUGAGCAGUUCGAGGGAUCGAUCUUUUCCUUUUGAUGCAACCGUCGCCAUGAUCCAGUCCCUCAUAGACUGCGACGAGUUCCAAGAUAUAGCCACGUUAAGGAACUUGGACGAGCUGCUGGACCAUAAAUCAAACCUAAGCGACAAGCUGUGUCAGAUAGGGGACAGUAUAGUGUACAAGUUGGUGCAGUGGACCAAAAGGUUACCCUUUUACCUUGAGCUACCGGUCGAAGUUCACACGACGUUGCUCACCCACAAGUGGCACGAAAUCCUGGUGCUGACCACCUCCGCCUAUCAAGCGAUACAUGGUCAGCACAAGUUCUCCAAUGUCGGUACCGACGUGAUGGGUGCGGAUUUUAUGCAAGAAGUAUCGAACAACAUGUAUACGUUACAAACGUGCCUAACCAACAUGAUGGGCCGACCGAUAACCAUGGACCAAUUACAACAAGACGUAGGGCUCAUGGUGGAAAAGAUCACGUACGUCACGUUAAUGUUCAGGAGGGUGAGGCUACGGAUGGAAGAGUAUGUCUGUCUGAAAGUAAUCACCAUGCUCUCGCAAGCACGUGGAGGUACAAUGGAAUUAGAGCAUCUGCAAGAACGGUACAUGAGCUGUCUGCGAAGUUUUGUCGAGCACAGCGCGCCUCAACAACCGAAUCGGUUUCACGAUCUUCUCGUCAGGUUGCCUGAAGUACAAUCGGCGGCAGCUCUUCUACUCGAGAGUAAAAUGUUCUACGUUCCUUUCCUAUUGAACUCAACAAUUCAAAGAUAGUAAAUAAAAAAUAAACUGACGAUAAACGAAGCUGAAUACCUAUACACAUACUAUGCAUAUAAAUAUAUACAAAUAUAAAUAUGAAGAGAAAUCUAUAUAUAUAUAUAUAUAUAUAUGUAUGUAUGAAAGAUAGAAUCGAACAAACUAAGCGAGAAGAGCAAACAAAGGAUAGCCCGUUGAAACUGGGCCUGGUGAAGAAAGAAAAAAAAAAGGGAAAAGCUUUGUUUGCGUAUGUAUAAUAAUUAUAUAAAAAGUAUAUAUAUAUACAUAUAAAUAAUAUAAAUAAUAUAAAUGUGUGUGUUCGUUGCGUUGUACAAACGAUGAAGAAGGUCGAAAAAGGGAACGGGAUACCCGUGAUAAACGUGAUAAAAACAAUACAAGAGAGCGAAAGAGAAAUGGGAAAUUAAUUGAAGAAAAAUAAAAGAUGAAGAAAUUAAGGGGGAGAGAGAGAGAAACGAGGAGAUGAGAC